AUGGAACCAAUUGUCAAUGCAAAUAGUGCAGUCAAUGUUGCACAGCAGUUCAACCCUAGGCUUUACGGAUAUGAGGGAGCCCUCUCCUCAGCGGUUGGUGAAAAUGCGGAAACCUCGGCAUACGACGAAAGAUUCGCCCAAGCCGGUGAGUCUUUGAGUGCAACAAGUGCAACUACCUCUACAAGCCUUCAGCAAUAUAAUCCACUCUUCGAAUCUAGAGAGUCUCUCUCUUGGAAUCAAUCUCUAGAGACCCCGCUCACAGCACGUCCUCGAGGUUCCGCACCUAUGGAACCACCUAUAUGUCCUGAACUACUUGGGUCAACAUCUAAGACUCAUGCGGACGAUUUCAUAUCUGCCGACUUUCUCAACGCUCUCGUGAGAGCCAACGCCGGGAUGGAUUCACGCGAAGAGGCCACCAUUCCACAGACCCCCGUCUCUCCUCCUCAUCAGAACACCUUUAUUGUUCGGUCAGAAAUGCAUAACGAUCACCUCUGUACCACCGCUCCGCCUACCCGACAGAUCGAAGUCGGGCCUCUACCUGGCGUUCGAUCUACUCUUCGAAAUCGACAAUCUAUCCCUGAGUGCUCUACCUACGUCUGCAAGUGGGCUGACUGUAAUCAAUCCUUUGGCGAUGUCAUGCUUUUACGUUUCCAUGUAACAGAAACGCAUGUGAGGCGGGGUUCAUUAGUUACUCUUAAAUGCGCCUGGAAUUACUGCGGAAAGGUGUACAAAAAACGUGAUAAUAUCACUUCUCACCUGCAUACACAUAUACCCUAUUUCGAGCAUGAUUGCGACUACUGUGGUCGCAAAUGGCAGCGCCGUCAUGAUUUGACGAAACACAUUAAGCAAUCGCAUGCACCCGUUGUGUUGGGCAGUCAUAGAUAUUGGCCUGUUAAGCGUUUCGUAGGAUUAUACAGUGACAGAUCGAUUGCCGUGACGGAGAUGGGCUCUUUCCAGCAACCGGCUCCUCUAGAUGUCUUGCCCGAAGGAAAGCUGCAUUACAUCAAGAUCGAGGAGGAGCCCUUACCUAGGAACCUAGGUCCAUUCAUAGCAUCCAACCUUUCCAACCAAAUUUGUUCUGCUCCUCAGAACGUAACAAACCAACCGGCAGAGCAAGGAAGACCGGCGUUCGCCGCCGCCUUUCGUUACUCACAAGUGACACAAAAUCAAAAUGCAAGUGAAGUUACAGCGGACAAAGGUUUAGCUACCUUUGAGCCUAACUCUAAUCCCGCUAAUACCGAUCCUUCGGUCUAUUCUUUGGGCGCUGAGAGUCAGAAUAUUGCUGAACAAUCUCAAAUCUCUUCACUCAAUCGUCCUGUCGAGAAUCAACCUAGCGUGAUGAAAUCUUCAUCUUCCUCCAAGAACUCAGCACACUUCACUGGUCCAACACACGUGCCGAGGAGGAGCAAAAGAAAGACUCCACCCCACGACACCGAUCCGACUCCUAAGCGGCAUCAAUCCGGAGUGCUAUCAUUCCCGACACAGCGCAGAGACAGGCCCAUCGACAAGUCGCUCAUGCCCCUGGCACCUUUGCCUCUCUUAGCUGCUCCCCCUUUUAAGCAUGUCGCUCAUUUGGAACCUCUAGGAGGACAGACCACCCCUCAAACUGCUGCUGGCGCGAACCCGGAGUCGGGGUAUAAGGUUUUUUAG